GGCUUUCUGAAGACAAGGCUACCGACAUUAAGUGAGCAGCAUGUUUAUUCUAUUGAAGGGACACACUCUCAAGUGAAAGUUGUUGGAGUCUACAGAUUGAUUCUAUCAUCUGGAUUUGUCUUAGAUUUGAACAAGACUUUUUAUAUUCCUACUUUUGAUUGGAACUUAUUUUUAGUGUCUAGAUUGUUGGAUUCAUCUUACAAAUGCAAUUUAUCGUCUGGUUCUUCUAAUAUUGGAAACAAACAUUGUGCCAGAAAUAAAAGAUCCUCCAAAUUAUGGUACCAAAGAUUAGGAAAUAUCUCCAUUGAGAGAAUGAAAAGGUUAGUAAAGGAUGGAGUCUUUAAGGCUUUAGAAUUUACUGAUUUUGACAUUUGUAUUGAUUGUAUUAAGGGAAAACGAACAAACAAGUCCAAAAAGGGUGCUAAGAGAAGCAUAGAGAACUUAGAAAUCAUACAUACCAAUAUUUUUGGACAAAUUUUCACACCAUGUCUGAAUGGUGAAAAAUACUUCAUCUCUUUUAUAGAUGAUCACACCAGAUAUAUGUAUGUCUACCUUCUUGUUCAUAAAGAUGAAGCAUUAGAAGAUUUUAAGAAAUAUAAAGCAGAAGUAAAGAAACAAACUGGAGGUGAAGGUUUACAGUUCUUACCUUUACCCUUUCCAGAAAGUAUAGCUGGUGAACCAGUUGUUCAUCAUGAGGAAAAUGUUGAUGAACAAUCUGGUUUGAGGAGAUCCACUAGAAUGAGGAAAUCUGAAAUUUCUUUAGAUUAUGAAGUAUAUCUCCAACAGACUGAGUCUGAUUUUGGAACUUAUGAAGAUCUAAUAUCAUUCUCACAAGCCAUGAAAAGUCAAGAUUCUAUCUUGUGGUAUAAUGCCAUGAAGGAUGAGAUGGAAUCAAUGGCAAAGAAUCAUAUUUGGAAACUUGUUCAGUUGCCAAAGGGAUCUGUAGCUAUUGGUUGCAAAUGA